CGUCUCUCCUCCGGUCCAGCCUUCUCCAAUAAUUCAGCUUUCGUUUUCUCUUUGCUCUUCCGAGCCUCCGCGGAGAUCUGCGCCUGAUUUGGGGACAGAAUCCUGACUACAUCUUCUUCAGGGAGAUACGACUUCUCCCCUGGUGUCGGAAGGGGUGUAGAGUAGUUUGCAGAGGGCAGCAGUGAGAACUGAUAUUUGGGUCGUGCAGGGAUCUGUGAGCAAGGAGAGCCACAGAAGUCAGGACAGGGAGCAGCUGUGAUGGCUUUUGAACUGCUGACGUGCUUGCGAGAGGAGGUAACCUGCCCCAUCUGCCUGGACCUCCUGACAGAGCCCCUGAGCCUAGACUGUGGCCACAGCUUCUGCCAGGCCUGCAUCACUGCAAAGACCAAGGAGUCUGUGACAAGCCAAGGAGGGGAGAGCACUUGCCCUGUGUGCCGAAUCAGUUACUGCACUGGGGAGCUGCGGCCUAACUGGCAUGUGGCCAACAUAGUGGAGCGGCUCAGAAAGGUCAAGGUGAGCCCCAAGGAGGGGCAAAAGAUAAAUCUCUGUGAACGCCAUGAAGAGAAACUCUUGCUCUUCUGUAAGACGGAUAGGAAGGUCAUUUGCUGGCUUUGCGAGCGGUCCCAGGAGCACCGUGGUCACCACACGGUCCUCGUGGAGGAGGUGGCCCAUGAGUUCCAGGAGAAGCUCCAGGCAGCUCUGUGGAAGCUGAAGAAUGACCAGCAGGAAGCUAGGAUGUUGGAAGCUGUUAUCGGAGAAGAGAGAACUUCCUGGAAGAAACAAAUGCAAACUGAAAGACAAAGUAUCCAAGCACAGUUUAAAAAACUCAAGGACAUCCUGGAGUGUGAGGAGCUGAGGGAGCUGCAGAAUUUGGAAAGCGAGGAGAAGGCUGUUCUUGGUAGGCUGGCUGAAGCGGAGGAUGAACUGGCCCAGCAGAGUCAGCUGGCGACAGACCUCAUCUUGGAUCUGGAAUGUCGGCUGCAGGGGUCAACAAUGGACAUGCUGCAGGAUGUGAAUCACCUCGUGGAAAGGAGUGAGGCCUUGAGUCUAAAGAAACCGAAAACUUUUCUCAAGGAACAAAGGAAAGCAUUCCGAGCUCCUAAUCUGAAAAGGAUAAUACAAGCAUUUGAAAAAGCUCACGUGAUUCCAUACUGACCCCUGAAUACAACAUAUUUUGGCAGUUCUACAGAAUGAAGGCAAGUGAGAUAUGUAUGCUGUUGGAAGUCAAAUAAUGCAAGUAACAGCGAUUAUGGUGUCCUGGGCUCCCUGGUUAUCAGAUCGGGGAGCCGUCACUGGGAGUUUGAUCCUGGGGGCAUAUGAUAGAACAUGCGCAGAAUCCAAUAUGAAAUUUCGUGUUAGACAUACUUAAAAGUGUCAACAUGUUUACUCUAAGCAUCAACCUAAUAUGGCUUCUACAUUAGAGAGUUACGGAAUCAACUUGAAUAUAAUGCUUUGGAGGAGUCCUCCUUCUCUGAGCCUUUCCUCUUAAUCCUGGCCUUGCCUGUUUCUCCCCAUUGUGUUGGAGUUUUCCUAGGCUACAAGGCUGGUACCGUCUCAACCCAUAAGUUUCUUAUAUAUAAAUUCUCCUCAUAUUCCUUUUCUCAGACAGCUUUUCUGUAUUUCAGCCCUAGUAAAUGUACUGACCCCAUGUGCACACCAAGCUCUUGAACCUUCUUACACCCCUACUCAUUUCCGCUUGCCUUGGGUACAUUGAGCUUAUCUUGCCAUGUUCCCUCGCUGCCUCUUUCUCCUCUACUUAAACACCCUUCAUUUAGCAGCAGGGUGUACAAUUUGCCUUGAGUACUGUUUUUCCCAGUAUCAUGUUGGCAUUAGGAAAGAAUCUCUAGUCACAAUUUUCCAUACUCCCAAGGGGAAAUAAAUGGCUGAUGCCUCAUAAAGAAGGAUCAUUAUUGAGGUAACAACUCUGUCAAACUGUUACAGUCCCAUUUCCUCUGUCACUGACUAAAAAGAUGAAGGAAGGUUUUUCAACAACUUAUAUGUAUUAUCGAAGACCUAAAUGUAGGGAUUAUUCACUAAAGACUUAAUCCUUAAUGGUGUGGCAGUAUACUGAUGAUGUCCCUUACUCCUCAAAGAGUUAGGAGAAAAUGAGAAAAUAUUAUAAAUAUAAGAAUGAAAGUUUAU